CUUGGUGACCCCCCCGGCCACUGUAUAAAAGGCAACGGCUCAUACCCCUCGUGGCAGUGUCCGGCAGGACGGUGACGGGACAGAGCAGGAGCACAAGACUGGUGCAGACCCCUGAGCGCAGCCCACAUUGCUCCCUGUUGCCCCAGCAGCCCCACGGUGCCGAGACACUUCUUGGAACAUUCUUCAUUCCCCACCCUAUACCUUUGUCUGAAGAGGAUGAUGGAGGAACACGCUGCGUGCAUGCAGUUCAUCCAGACUUUUCUGGAGAGCUCAGUGAAGGAGGAGGCUCAGAAGAUCCAGUUCCUGCAGACCAUCUCCACCCUGAGCGAGGCUGCCAGAGAUGAGGGCUUCUCACAGGAACUGAAGGAGUUCUAUCACCAAUUUCAGGUGGCAAAGAACAUCGAGGCACUGGUGGAAGAGGAGCCCAUGGACCACCUGCGCACAGCCGUGCGGCAGGAAGCCAUGCUUGCCCUCGCCGAUAUGAGCCAAGUGGACAUGGCACUGGGGGGCAUGAAAGAAAGCCUUUUAGAGGCCUGCUUCAGGAGUGUCUUCUUGCUUCCUCCUAAAACAGACAUGCAGGGCCUAGACAGCUCCCUCUACUUUGAUACCCUGGAUGCCAUGGACAUCCUGCUGCAGAGCUUGGUGCUCAGCUCCCCUGGCUGUGGGGAGCUGAAGAGUAUCUUGCAGGUGCGGCACUGGCAGAGAGUGGGGUUCGCAGGGGCUGUUGCUCACCCUGGAGGGACAGGAGUGUCCACUCUGGAGUGGACGGUGUCCUCCCCAGCACCACGCACACAGCACACCGCAGGAAGGGUGCUCAGCUCCCCUGGGGGACCCAGACAUGGCCCACCGUGCUCUUCCAGGAGCAGCGUGACUCUGGCUGCAGUCAACGUCAUUUCCCCUCUGCAGCCUCCUUCUGUACCAUGGCAAAGCCCAGCCCAUGGCACUUUUGGGCCAGCUCCAUCCCCAGAGCUUUCCAGAGCUUUCCUCGCACCAAAGGAGUGGGAAGCAUUGACCCCUCUCCUCAGGCACCACAGCAGUGGCUGCGGGUGCUGUCCUUCUUCCCCUGCCUCGCAGUCCCUCCUGCUUUUCUGCCCAGGUCUGACUGGGGCAGAGACCCACUGGAACCUGCCUCUCCUGCACAGGGAGCCCAGCCCUGACGCUCUGCACUCCUGGCUUCCUAGAGAGCCGUAUGCCCAUUCCCCCAUUGCAGCCCCUCCAAUCCCUGGCAGGGUGCUGCCCAAGAGCUGA